UUAAUACUCGUGAAUAUAUUCCUUGUGUGUUUUCUUCUUCCUCCGUCCCUCCUCUUCCUCAUCCUCAUCCUCUUCGUCCGAGCCCCGCCCCCCUGGGCUGGAGGCGGCGUCAGAUCGACCUGCUGCCGGGAGAGACGCCGUUGUGUGUGGCUGCGGACCGAGAAGGAACCGCUUUCCUUUCGACCCCAGCGAUGGACACGGCGGGGGCCGGCUCCGUGUGCUCUGUGCCCGGGGAACAGGACGGCCGCAUCCCGGUGCCCAUGAACCUGUUCGCGACCUGGGAGGUGGAUCGGUCUUCUCCGAGCUGCGUACCCAGGCUCUGCAGUUUAACUCUGAAGAAGCUCAUGGUUCUCAGAGAACUGGACCGAGAGCUCAGCUCCAUCGUAAUCGCAGUGAAGAUCCAGGGUUCUAAGAGGACUCUGAGGUCCAAUGAGUAUGUUCUCCGUCCAGACGGGACAAUGGAAACGGACCUGGAGCUCACGUUCUCUCUGCAGUAUCCUCACUUUCUGAAACGUGAUGCCAACCUUCUGCACGUGAUGCUGCAGAGGAGGAAGCGGUACAAGAACCGGACCAUCCUGGGCUACAAGACGCUGGCGGUGGGGGUCAUCAACAUGGCCGAGGUAAUGCAGCAUCCGACAGACAGAGCUCACAUCCUCAGUCUCCAUAGCAACCCCAAGGAUGCAUCCGUGCGCGCAGCAGAGCUGAGCGUUCACUCUCUCUCUAGCCAGCCAAUUGAACAGGACGACACCAGCGGUCACCACGGCAACAAGUCCAAGGCCUCGGAUCGUUCUCCUGACACGGAGAACUACUGGGAGGAUGACGAUGACAGUUUUUCAUCUGGACAGGAAGGAAGUGACGAUGCCGUGCAGACACAGGACAUGUUUGAGGAUGAUGACGAUGAUGAAAUUCAAGCAAAGACAAAGAAGUCAGAGCGGAAACUGAUCCAAACGACAUCACUAACUCAGCAGCCAAAUUUCAAACAGAAGUUUGUGGCUCUGUUAAAGAGGUUCAAAGUGUCUGAUGAGGUUCUGGACUCAGAUCCAGUGGGUCAGGGUCAGGAGGCAGAGGAGGACCUGGACCUUCUGUAUGACAGUCUGGAGGUGUACAACCCCAGUGACAGUGGACCUGAGCUGGACGACAACGACAGCAUCAUCAGCACGCCCAAACCCAAACUCCGGCCAUUCUUUGAGGGUGUUUCUCAGUCCAGUUCUCAGACUGAGCUCUCCAGCAUUCACAACCAGAAGACUCAACUCCACUCAAAACCCGUGGUGGCACCGGAGCUGCCAUCCCCUGGGACCCAGGGCCCCCGACCCCCAGAUGAGUCCAGAGGAGAGGAUUCUGGUCCUGGGGAUGUGGAGGAGGACGUCUCCAUGGCAACAGAUGCUGGACCUGCUGCCAAACUCCAUAAAACCGAGUCUCUGACACACAUGUCACCGAGUCGGACAGCGGUUCCGUCAUCUCAUCAUCCGUGGAGCAUCUCCAUGAAGGACAGACAGAACUCGAAAAGCACUGACCGGAUGAGCAGCGUGGACAGCGAGACGUCAUGUGACUACCGAACACCGCUGCAGGUCGCCAGGAAGUCGGUCCUGGAUCAGCUGAACCACAUCCUGUUCUCAGACGAUCAGAUCCCAGAGUCUGUGAUCCUCAUCAACACCACAGACUGGCAGGGACAGUACCUGUCAGAGCUUCUGUUUGACCAGCCAAUCGUGUGCACCAUCUCGGCGGCCGACGUCCAUGCCGCCUUCAGUGCGAUCAUCAGCCGCAUCCAGAGAUUCUGUAACUGCAACUCUCAGACUCCGCCCACGGUGAAAGUGGCGGUGGGCGGAGACCAGAGCUACCUGAACACCAUCCUUGGCUGCUUUGUGGAACAGCUAGCCAGCAAGACGCUUGAUUGGCUGAGCUAUGUGCGCUUCCUGAUCCUCCCUGUCGGGUCCCACCCACUGGCGAAGUAUCUGGCAACGCUGGAUGGUAAAUUCAACAGUCUGUUCAUGGACAGCAGCUGGAGGGAGCUGUUCGGACGCCUGGAGCCCCCCCCUCUGGAUAUGGUGGGUGUGGCAAGCCGCGUGUCACAGUACGUGGGUGGAGCUUGUGUGUCUCACAUGUGUCCGAUCUCAGAGGCCAUGUUGACCUGCAAACAUAGGAGCUUUGAUGACGACUCCUACCAGAAGUUUGUUCCAUUCAUCGGGCUGGUGAAGGUUGGUGUGGUGGAGCAGAAUUUCCAGUCCACCUCAGUGGACUCUGAUGACGUCAUGCUGGGAUCUCCACCCUACCAGUCUGGAGCACCAAUCAGCAUCAGCUCCACCCCUCCCCCCUCCCCCUCCACCAGCGGUCCGGGAGAGGUGAUGGGCUUGCAGGUUGACUACUGGACUAAUCAGAGCACAGCGGCGGUGGCAGGUGGAGGAGGAGGUGAGCGGAGGAGGGAUGUGGGGACAAAGAACACACUGAAGAGUAACUUCCGGUGCCUUCAGGUGUCAAGGCUGAGUCCUGGAGAUCUGAUGAGUAUGACGGUGGUGACGAAGGAGAAGAACAAGAAAGUCAUGUUCCUCAGUAAGAAGACCAAGGAAAAGGAGGCGGAGUCAAGGAGCCAGGUGAUUGAAGGGAUUAGUCGACUGAUCUGCACCUCGAAGCAUCAGCACACGUUCAGAGUGUCCGUGGAUGGCAUCGAGUGGAAUGAUGUGAAGUUUUUCCAACUUGCUGCUCAGUGGCCGACUCACGUCAAACACUUUCCCAUCGGCGUCUUUGGCUACAACAAACCCGGAAGCUCCUCCUAGUCAUCAUGUGACCUGCCAGUGGGUGGUCCUUAAGGGCUGUCUCCUCCCCCUCUUCUUCUUCUCCUUCCUCUUCAUCUCCAUUAUCUGCAGUAAACCUUUCACUCAUCUUAUCUGAUGUGAGAAUCAGAAUACUUCAUAUUGUGUAUAAUUUUACUGUAUUUUACUGGAUAUUUAUUAUUGUAAAUACUAUGAAAGUGACUCAGUCUAUAAUAACACAUUGUAUGAAUCAGUUGUUAAAUAUAGUUUUAAAGUUUUAUCUGAAGGGUUUUAAUGAAAGAAUAAAAUAUAUAAAAUA